AUGGUGACACUAAGGAGGAAGGGAUGCUAUAUCAAGGGAGAUGUUAUGUGUACCAUGCUUCUUCUGCUGCUCUUCUUCCUGUUGCUCUACUUGCGACAGGUCCUUUUGUCCUCUGAGUGGGAUAAAUCAGCUUGGAAGCUGGAAAUCUUCCGCCCCACCACCUCCAGUCGGACCUUGCUUGGAACUGACGAAGCCAGAGUGGCAAAGGAGUCCCCACCAUCUCCAGUCAGCCGCUCUAAACCUCAUCUACCUCCAUGUGAACCCAAGUCAAAACGCCCUCAGCCCAAGUCCAAAGUUCAGUCUAAAUCCAAAGGAAAGACGAAGUCCCGACAGAAGAAAGUCACUCCGACCAAGACCAGUGUUCCUCUUCCAACACUACCACUGUUUGACUUUCCGGGCUAUCUGCGAGAGAAGGAUAAGCGCAACUUCCAGUUGCUCAUAGAUCAACCUAGGAAAUGUCAGCCGGAAGGGUCCAAAGGAGCUGGACAAAGCCAUGAGCUGUACAUGCUCAUUGCAGUGAAAUCUGUCGCUGCAGAUUUUGAUAAGCGGCAGGUGGUACGUAGGACCUGGGGUAAAGAAACAAAAUCCAUCCGCACCGUCUUCCUCUUGGGGGUCCCCAAGAAUCGCACUGCGCUGCCACUGUGGAAUCAGCUGCUGACCUACGAAAGUCAAACUUUUGAGGACAUCUUGCUGUGGGAUUUUGAAGACACCUUUUUCAACCUGACACUGAAGGAAAUACACUUUCUGGAAUGGAUCAACCACACCUGCCCUCAAGUCAAGUUUAUCUUCAAAGGGGAUGCUGAUGUUUAUGUAAACGUGGACAACAUUAUGGAGAUGCUUCAAGAUGAAAAGUCAGACCAGGAUCUUUUUGUAGGGGAUAUUAUUGUCAAUGCCAAACCCAUUCGUCGACGCUCUUCAAAGUACUAUGUGCCAGAGUUUGUGUACGGCAGCGCUUUGUACCCAUCAUAUGCUGGGGGAGGGGGGUUCGUCAUGUCUGGAUAUACAGCUCGGAGACUAAGCGCCUCCUGUCAACAGGUGGAGCUAUUCCCCAUCGAUGAUGUCUUUCUGGGAAUGUGCCUCCAGCUUAUCGGUAUCAAGCCAUCGCGCCACCAAGGUUUUCGGACUUUUGGCAUUCCCCGUCCAUCAGCAGCGCCUCACCUUCAGACAUUCGACCCGUGUUUUUACCGGGAGCUCAUGGUGGUUCACAGCCUUAGUGUGCCCCAGAUAUGGCUCAUGUGGAACCUGCUGCAUGACCCCAAACUGAGCUGUCACAACAGGACCCGACCAACAUCAACAGCCUUCAAAUGGAAGAUAGGAAAGUCAGGAAAAGAGACUGAGACUGACUAUGAUGAGAAGAGAGUGUUUGUCACACAUGAUUAA